CGUUGGUCUGUGCAAUUUUUUUCCCGCAUAGUUUCCAUUGACUUCAAUUCAACCGGGAGCGACCCCCGCCAAAGGGAACAAUUUUGAAUUUUUUUCACUCCCAAAUCGGCUUACCAACAAGAAGCUCUCUUCGUCUUCGUCUUCGUUUAGUUACACGGGCAGACGAAGUUUCUUCCAAGAGCUGGCUAUUUUCUUCCUCAACUUGUUAGCCCUAGGGAUUCAUUUCAAGUUAAAGCACGAGCUUUGCAAAGGGGGUUUCAAUUUUCAAUCUCUAGAUGACUACUAAAACCGACUCUACUGGAGAGACUGCUUUUCACAUGCUACAGCCGGAGCGUGACCUUCGAUUGAAUUGGGAAGUCGACCUCGCCCAGAACCUCGAGAGAUAUCUGUUGCAGAUUUGCGCUGGUGAGUUUCAGUCCGGCGAAGAUGAGAACCACACUGUCAAUUUUGCUGAAGCUGCUCUGCUUCUUCAGGGCUCGAUUCAGGUUUACAGUCGCAAGGUUGAAUACCUUUACUCAUUAGUUUUGCGAGCAUUGGAGUUCCUUUCUGAAAGAAGACAGCAGGAUCAUUUGGAAGGGACCUCAAUAGAGACUGAACAAAAUGGUUCUCGUAAAAUUGAUGAGGACGAGAACAAUCUAUACUGGGUUUCAGGGGACGUGCCAGUUGAUCCAAAGAAUACCUUGGAGAGUACCAAGGAAGAUGUUUGUUUAAAUCAAACUGUAAAGGCUCCUGCAAAUUUAGUCGUUCUUGAGGGUGAUUGCUUGGAUGCAUCUGACAAUGGGGAACUAGAUUCAUACCUGUUGGCCACCACUAGUAAUAUUUUCCAAGACUUUAUCCUUUUAGAUCCGUGUGAUGUUAAAACACUCGAAGAUUAUAUGAAUGAGGGCAAUAAGUUUGGAAAAAGCCAUAAUAGUGCACGCAGGGGCAGCUCGACCCGCAGGAGUUGUCAGUCUCCAUCAGUUAGACGUUCUGGAGGACAUAUGCAAAGAUCAUCUUUUGGCAAGACUCAGGGUGAUCAUAAUGCUCAAUCACCACUUGUCAACUGUAGCUUCGUCCAUGAUCCUCCAGUUUGUCAUAAUUUUGCCAAUGAAGAUCAUAUGGAUGGUGGAAAUUCUGAACCAGAGGACUCAAAUGGUUCUGAAGAGGAUGACGAUCUUUGGAAGCCUUUGAAUCCCCAUGAACCAGGAAAUUUAAAAAUAAAACCAUUUAGAAAAGUUAAAGCUUUUAAAAAGAACUAUAACAAUUCUGGUAAGCAUGAGUCUCUAACAGCUUUGUUUCCAAUGGCAAAACUACAUGGCCCCGUUAGUCAAGAGUUUGCAGAGAUUUGGGAAAAGCAGAACCAUGAAUUCAAAGCACAUAAAGAAUCCAAAUCUGUUUUAUUAUAUGAGAAGCUGCGAAAUUCACUUAUCAAUGAAGGUCAUAAAAGUUGUGAUUCUCUUUCUGAUGUGGAAGAUGACAAUAUUGAUAAUGGUUUUGAAGAUGCAAUGCCUGAUGUCAAUCAGCCAGAUAUUGGUGACCCCAAUGACCAUUAUAUGGAUGAGGCUAUGGGUUUUGGGAAUGAAAAGCACGAUGCUGCAGCUCAUUUUGAUAAUGAUGAAGCAUAUGAACCUGAAUUUCCUGAUUCUCGUUCAAGUCUAGAAGACCUUUGUCGCUCUCAUCUUGACGCACUCCUUGCAAGCAUUGCUGAGACUGAGAAGCAGACAGAAAUGGCCACUCGAGUCUCUACAUGGAAACAAAAUAUCGAACACAAUUUGGAAGAGCAAGACAAACACCCUCCAUUUGAUAUUCAUGAAUACGGUCAAGCAAUUCUUGAUGAAUUAUCUAGUGAAGCUGACAGAGGAGGUCUCAUGCCUUUCUCUGAUGUUGUUGAAGGGCAGGAAAAGUACAAUGUGGCACGAAGCUUUUCUGCUCUACUUCAGUUGGUGAACAAUGGAGAUGUGGAGCUGGAAAAGAAUGGGGUUGAUGGGGAGUCAAUUUGCUAUACGAAUGUGAAUCCAUUCCACAUUAGGCUUGUUCGCCACAAGCAACAGGUUGUUAAAACACAUCAAACCUCAAGAAAGAGGUUUGUGUCCCCAGGUAAAACUAAUACUCUCAAAGAAUCUAGUGUGAGAGACAAGAAGGGACGAAAGUAGGGAAGGUUGGUGGCAUAAAGUGGACUCCUGAAGGCGAAAGGAGACAAAGAUAUUGAUUUAUUGAACCAGUUGAUUAACAUUCUACUGGACGACAAUCUAAUGUACAGUUGACUAUUUGUAUAUUAUAGAGCGAUUCAACACAAGUUGUUGUGGCAUUGAGCAUCAACCUUUUGUUGGGGACAUAUUUCUGCUUCCCUCAUUUAGAUUCCUUUAUUUGAUGUAAUUUUCAAUGGAGGGAAAUGGAUGUAUUGAAUGGAAAAAUAUAUCUUAACCAUGUAAUUGUCACUGGUAUUGGUACUUGUAUUUUCCCUUUUCA